AUGCGACGCUGGUUCUCCCCCCAAAACAGCGAGCAGUGCCAUGGCAUCGCCAUCAGCACGAAGCCCUUGAGCAUUUCCGCCUCAGUGAUUCCCAUCACGCCCCCUUCUACGAACCGAUCACUCUCCAUCAGAUCCAACCACCGCCGCAACGGCUCCCAGAACAACGGCGCCUCCAAGCGCGCCGGCUUCUCCUUCAACUCCCUCCGUGGCAACGUCCAGCCCGAGCUCUCGCGAAAGCUCUACAAGAUUAUCAAGAGCGAGAACAACCUCAUCAACGCCCACGAGACCGCCGGCCGCGAGCGCACCUCCAUCGCCACCCAGCUGUCCGAGUGGGGCGAGCAGACCAACGACGCCGCCGUCUCCGACGUCUCGGACAAGGUUGGCGUCAUCCUGAGCGAGCUCGGCGAGCAGGAGGAACAGUAUGCUCACUCUCUGGACGAUGCCCGCGGUGUCUUGAAGCACAUCCGCAACACGGAGAAGAGUGUGCAGCCGAGCCGCGAUGGCAAGGAUAAGAUUGCCGACGAGAUUGCCAAGCUCAAGAUGAAGGAACCCCAGAGCGCGAGGCUCGUGGUUCUCGAGCAGGAGCUUGUCCGCGCCGAGGCAGAGAACUUGGUCGCCGAAGCCCAACUGACGAAUAUCACUCGCCAGAAGCUUAAAGAAGCGUACGAAGCCGAGUUCGCAGCUACUAUUGAGAGGGCCGAGAAGCAAAUCAUCCUUGCCAAGCACGGCCGAAGGCUUCUUCACCUCCUCGAUGAUACCCCUGUCGUACCUGGCGACGAGCGUCCCACGUAUCACCACGCUCAACAAGCGCGACAGAUUCUCAAUGACGCCGAGGAUGACCUGCGUGACUGGCGCCCAGAGCAGGACGACUUCAACGCUGCACCGUCCGAGUCCGUGUCUAACACCCGAGGUACCCAGGACGCGGUACACGACGAGGACGCCAAGAUCGUCGCCAGCUCGGUUCCUGGUCACCAGGCAGUCUCAGAGAAGGACACCGAUAGUAUUGUGAGCAAUGGAACCAGGCAGACCGAGUCUGUGACUGCUCACUAG